GCGUAAAUGGUCGAGCAGAGUGGGAGAAACCCUUUGCCAAAGAGUCUGCAAGAUGCGGUGAUGUCAAUAAUGGUACCAUUCUUCUUUGUCGUCGGAAUGCGAAUCCGGUCUUCCAGAUCAACGGAGAUUUAUAUGGUAUUUGGGAUUGGGCUUCAGAUGAUUUACCGACCAAGGACGCGGGUCACCCGAUAAUUGAACCCCGGAUGAUCAACAGAUAUACCCAGACCAUUCCGUUUAUUUCAGGAAUCAAACAGGAAAAUCAUCAAUGUUUUCACCUUUUGCCCAAUGGUAAUAACGACGACGAUAAUGAUGGCGAUGACAACAAUAGCGACAAUAUUGUUCGAACAUAG